AGUGUAUACUUAGGUACUUGCACACCGUGUAAGUACGAUUGUACUCUGCGGCUAUGGCUUGCGCCUUGCGGUCGUCUAUGGCCUGUGGCCUAAAUGAGCAUUCGCUCGAAAAAUGUAAGAUAUAAUGGAUAACCGUAACGAAAGAAGAAAAAGAAUACGUUUACGCGCGAUACAGGGAAAUCGCGUUUUCGGCAAAUAAUACUGACGAGCAUUGAAAUAGACAAAUAUAGAUUAACCAUAAGUGCAGGAUUAGGUAUAAUGUCCCAGUUAGAAGGAUGAAUAAAUAAUUGUAAGAGACGCGCUAAUAGGGAGAGUUUGUUCAUCUACCUGUGCUUAGAACGUUCAGUCUGACAUGCUGUCUGCUGGAUUAAUCCUGUUUAUAUAGUAAUUGCAGUAGAGCAGUAUAAUCGGAGCGGUCAACAACACCUGGCCAUUAGUCACUAUAUAUUAGCAUGCGAGCGGCCCGAGACGGUGACAGACCAGAGAGAGGCACACCACACUCGACUUCAACUACUGCUCUCAAUCUCGUAUACAGCACUGCGAGUAUGGAAUAUAAUCGUAAAUCGUUGCAGUUCACCGUUUCGCCUUUCGCCUACUGACGCAAGCAGCGUUGCCACAUCUCGUAUACAUAUUAUAUAGAGCGACCGCCGUUAGAUUUUAGAAACGCCCUAGCGGGCUUUUUUGAAUUUUGCCUUUUCUUUUCUCUGACGUUGAUGUCCGCAUCUUGCAGUGAUGUACAAUUUGUUUAUCGGCGGGUUUUUAUACUGUAAUCUUAAGCACGCGUGUUAUCGUUAUAUUUAACUGCGCAAAAACAACAAAUUACAUCGACUUUUUUAUCAUUGCAGAAAGUAAAAUUAUUAGAUUUCUAAGUCUUUAUCUAACGGGAGAAUGUUCUCUAUUUAUCGCUGUGCGCGCAUUAUCUACUCUGUAAAACAGCCUUAAAAAGCUAAUGAGGCUGUAAAUUCUGGAUUCUGGGUAGGUAUGAAAGAGAAUUUAGUAGAAACUCGCGGAGAAUUAUUUCAGUCCGUCUGUCCGCAUUAGUCCAACUGUCUAAUGAAGGAGUGAUUCACGCUAAAGAUGUCUAAAUGCGAAACUGCGAAAGCCGGUUCCGGCUGCAGUGCCGUCUGGUGUGCUCCCUGGCUGCUCGCCUGCUCUCUGCGGUAGUGCGGUCAGCGGUCUUCUACAGCUCCGAGCGAGUUCGAAAAAAAGAAGUCGCGUUUUCCAUCCAAGUGUUGAAAGUACCGAGUGUCUCUUCAUCAACGAGCCGUGCAUCGCACCCUUGUAUCUAGACAUAGCUACGACAACGAAGAAGAAUCUCAAUCAUGGAGGAAAUAAUACGAAAACUUUUGGUUACCGAUACCACAGUCAUUCAACAGGCAACAGCAGAGCUCCGACAAGCGUUCAAAAACCCAGAGAGCACUCGAGCACUCUAUCAGCUCAUUGUUACUUCGAAUAAUCUACAGGUCAGACAGUACGCAGCUCUCUUGUUGAGGAAACGCUUCAAUAAAGCAAAAUAUUGGGCACCAGUGCCAAAUCCAAUUAAGGAAGAAUUCAAACAAGUCCUUCAACAGGCUCUUGUAAAUGAAACUGAAAAACCAGUUAAAAAUGGAAUUGUACAGCUCAUUGGUGUGAUAGUAAAACAUGAAUUACCUCAUAAUGGUUGGCCAGAAGUUUUGCAGUUUGUACGUCAUCUUAUGGAAAGUGACGAGUUUCCUAAACAGGAGCUGGGCAUGUACACCUUGUCAAUUAUGACAGAAAUAGCACCAGAUGCAUAUUUACCUCAUGUACAAACAAUCAUGGAAUUGUUAAACAAUGUGCUCAAUAAAUUCACGGAUUUAGCCAAUCCAGUAUCGUGUUAUAUUUUAGAUAUAAUGUUGCAUCUAGUUUCAUUAGUAGAGGGAAAUCAGAUUAUGGUUAAUGCUUAUCAUCAAUUGUUGCCUCGAGUAAUGCAAAUUAUUCAAGCUUUAACUACUGUUGAUCAAGAAAAAGCAGCAAAAGGUUUUGAAUUGUUGGAUGAAUUGUGUGAAAGUGCUCAAUCUGUGAUUGCACCACAUGUUAAAAAUUUGGUUGAAAUGUGUCUUACUAUUAUCAAUAAUAAAGAUUUGGAUGAUGAUUUAAAAAUGAAAGCAGUAGUAUUCAUUGGAUGGCUAGCUAAAAUAAAGAAAAAGGCUAUUGUUAAACACAAAUUGGUUGAACCUAUAAUAGAUACUCUUUUUUUGCAAAUGUGCUCAAAACCAGAUGAUGAAGAACAAGAAAUUUAUUUUUCUGGAGAAAAUGACAACACACCAAUUACAAGUUCAACGCAAACAUUGGAUUUGUUGGCAUUACAUUUACCUCCAGAAAAGUUGGUUCCAUAUAUGUUAAAACACAUUGAAUCAGGAAUGGAAGGAACUGAUAUUUAUGUAAAAAAGGCGUCUUAUUUGUCGCUGGCUGUAUUAGCUGAAGGAUGUUCCGAAUACAUUCGAAACAAAUAUCUUGAAUCUUUUCUAAAGUGUAUCUGUCAAGGCAUCACCCAUGCUUCACCAGUUGUUCGAAACGCAGCUCUCUUUGCUCUUGGUCAAUUUUCAGAACAUUUACAGCCAGACAUCAGCCGUUAUGCAGAUGAACUACUGCCAAUUCUUUUUCAAUUUUUAAGUCAAAUUUGUAAUCAAAUUCGUCAAGAAAAGAAAGAUUCACCAUCCGCCGAUCGCAUGUUCUACGCUCUAGAAAUAUUCGCCGAAAAUCUUAAUGAGGGUCUGCUUCCUUACUUGCCUACUCUCAUGACGAUACUUUUUGAAAUACUUGACGAUCCUAACAGUCCAGUCCAUAUAUGUGAACUUGCUUUAAGUGCAAUUGGCGCUGCUGCCAAUGCCAGCAAAGAGCAUAUGCUUCCAUACUUUGAAAAGAUCAUUGGCAUACUUCAAAAAUAUUUAGUAGUGGAAAACCAAACUGAGGAAACCAGUUGCUUGCAAAUUCAAGCAGUAGAUACUUUGGGCGUCUUGGCAAGAACUAUAGGCGAACAAAACUUUGCUCCUUUAGCUAUGAAAUCACUCGAGUUAGGUUUGAAUUUGCUUAAAGGAACAGAAGAUCCCGACGCUAAAAAAUCUGUUUAUGGUCUUCUUGCAUCAAUCAGCACUGUUAUGAAAGAAGAAAUGUCCUCCGUCCUUCCAGUAAUAGCUGAAUAUAUGAUUAAUAGUGUACAAAGUUCUGAAGGAAUAGUGACGCGUUACAACGAAGAAUCUGAUUACUUGGUUUACGAAGAUUUAAGCGAAAGUGAUAAAGAUGAAGAAGAUAUAGAAAAUUCCGAUAAUGAGGAUGACAAUGACGAUGAUGACGAUGUUAUUGGUUACAACGUAGAAAAUGCUUUCGUUGAAGAAAAAGAAGAAGCUAUUUUAGCUUUAAGGGAAAUUGCUCAACACACAAAGGGAGCAUUCCUGCCAUACUUGGAGAAAUCUUUUGAAGAAGUCUUCAAAGUUCUUAACUAUCCACAAGAAGAUAUAAGAAAAGCCGCUAUUGAUGCGCUGAUGCAAUUUUGCCUUAAUUUUUCUAAAAUUGAAACUUCUGAAGGAGCAGCAGCCACUCAGAAAUCCCUUUCGAUUUUCAUACCCAAAUUAUCCGAACUUAUAAGACUCGAUGAAGAACGAAGCGUAGUGAUGCAGGCGCUUGACUCGUGUGCUGAAUUGCUGGAACAUCUCAAAUCGGAUGUCAUUAUUGGUGCUGGUCACAAAGAGGCUAUAAUGAACUGCAUCACAGCCGUUAUGUUUGGACGGACUGAAUGCCAGGACCAAGACGAAGCUGGUGGUGAAGGAGAAGAUGAAGGUGAAGCUGAACAUGACGAACUAUUAUUUGAAUGCGCUGGUCAAGUAUUGACUAAUUUUGGAAAAGCUCUCACGCCUGAAGAUUUUGCGCUGUAUCUACAAGUAAUAUUCCCUGUACUCAUCAAAAGAUUGAAAAGCAAAAACUCUGACUCCCAGAGAUCAUUUAGCAUUGGUACAAUACUAGAAUGUUUUCCGUCGUUGCAACAUCAAAUAGUUGGAUUUGUACCUGAAUUAUUCCCAAUUUUCGUCAAAUUCACUAACGACCCUUGCGACGAAGUUCGCAGUAACGCUAUAUUUGGUCUUGGUGAAUUAGCUUUUCACGGAAAAGAGCUCAUAUAUCCACACUAUGCCGAGAUUCUUCAAGUUCUUUCAAACGCCAUAGCCAGAGAAUCAAAUGCCGGUGCUCGGGAUAAUAUUAUUGGAGCUAUAGCUCGACUUAUUAUUACGAAUCACUCCAUAAUACCGCUGGACCAAGUCUUUCCGGUAUUCAUCAGUCAUUUACCGUUAAGAGAAGAUUUAGAAGAAAAUAAAACAGUUUUCAAGUCAAUUUUAGUACUUUACACGAACGGUCACGCGGUACUCAGACCAAAUGUAAAUACGCUCUUGAAAAUCGCUACUGAUAUUAUUCAGCAAGAAAAUACAGAUGACGAAACCAAAAAUCUUAUUGCCGAAUUCAUGAAAUUAGUUCAGAGGGAUUUCCCCGAAGAAUGGAACUCUUUUUGCGGACAACUUACAACAGAAAGCGCCGCCUUUGUGAUGCGUAUGAUUGUGUAAAUAAUUUAACUAACAUUUUUAUAUAAAAUAUGAAAGUGCAUUAAUAUAAAGUAAGAUAUUAAAAAAUAUGCAUGACUUGUUA